UCAACUUGAACACCAGAGAUUGACACUCUAAAUGUAAAACGAAUCCACGGCAGCCUUCACCAAAACAAAGCAGAAUUGGAACAAAAGAUAAUAUUAUUCCCGUAUAAACAAGGUAAUAUUGGAGAGCAAUGCUCCUCUUGCAAAUGCAGAAUGCAAAACAGGAUGACUGUGGCCUUCAACAAAAGGAGCACAAAUUAUAAAUAUCAUAGAGUUUCAGCCUUUUUUUUAAGUGUGCAAGGCGCAUAUGCAGCUGGUGAAUCUCUGUAUAAAUAAUUAAGGGUAAAUUGGAACCAUGCCAUUAUAACUAAAUAUGCAUAGAGAGCAAAAUCUAGCACAAGGUCGCCCUGCUGCCAAGACAAGAAAUUGACUGGCACCAGCUAAGUCACUGGAAGCGUGGAACUAUGCUGCGUUCCUCAUCCCGGGAACACGGGAACAAACUCACCCUCCCUUGUUAAAACUAAAAUAAGUAGCGUCCCAAAGUUCCUUGAUCCCAUUUCUUGGCCCAUUGAUCCAAGAACUUUUGUAACCAGCCUAGUUGUGACAUAUAAUAAGUAAUAAAGGACGAUCAGAAUUAGGAAACAAAUAAAAAAUGUUGGUUGAUAUUUAAGAAAACAGAUAAGAUCCAAUUUUGAACCGGCCAGCUGAAAUUGAAGGACUGAAGGAACCAGUCUCUCACCUUUAAAAUGGAAAUCUUCACUGGAGCCAUCACUUGAUUUUUCUUAGUUCUCAAAAGGGUCAUUUUGAAUAUCAGUUGCUUGGAUUGCAAACUUCAGCAAUACCAAUACCAAUGGUUAAAGCGUAAUGAUGAUUAAUAUUCCCUAUCAUCUAGUCCAUGCUUCCACUAUAUAAUUUCAAUUCAAUUUCUUAAGGGAAAAAAAAGGAAGCAGCCGUUCAGCACCUAGCAAAGAUUCCAUGGGCCAGUCCAAAUCCUAGAAGCUAUCUGCCAUCCUUGGAAAAAGAGGAACCAACCGACUAAAGUUAGUCAUGAACCUUGUCAAAAAGAAAGGCCCUGAAAGGAAGAUAUAUCCUGCAUUCUCUUUGGUGGCAUGCAAACUCAAGAGUUAUGCAAGGUGGCACCUCUGAAUCUCGGGAGCUAACCAUGAAUCAAACUUUUAUGGAGUGACUUGUUAGAGAAUAAAACCUAACGAGAACCUAAUUUGGUAGCAGGGUGAGAUGCCCUCAGUUUGGCAGCUGGAUGGUCCUUGUUAUCUCAAAAGGAAUUGUGGUGCUCAUAAGUACAUUGUAGAAACCAAUCACUGCAGGGAACUCGAGUAAACUGAAACUUGACAAAGAGCCUAACUCAAUUUAACCAGAAUAUAGGUACUAGGUGGCAAGGUUGAUUAAUUGGCUAGCACGGAAAAGCAUGCUUUUUUUUCUCAAAAAAUCAGCAAAGUGACAAACUUUGCAUUUGUGCGGGUAGUGGGGAGAGGCCCCCAAAAUUCCCACAGCACCAGCCCUCCAUCCUCUCCAGCCACCAACUGGUGCCAAAGUUUUUAAUGCCAGGAAAAGGCCAGCAAAUGAGGCUCACACCCAACUAACUGUCUCAAAUCUCUCACCUCAGAACAUGCACCAAUACCUUGCCCAUCAUAAAUACCCCUCCACCCCUCCCCACCACUGCUCUCACAACCAUAAUAACCUCCCUACAAAUAGCCUCCAAGAAACCAAGGCCAACACAAAACACAAACAAUGGCAGCAAUGGAGAUUGAGUCAGUCAAGUGUGAGUGCUGUGGCCUGAGGGAGGACUGCACCCAGGACUACAUUGCCAGUGUGAGAGCAAGCUUCUAUGGCCAGUGGCUGUGUGGGCUGUGCUGUGAGGCUGUGAGGGACGAGGCGGGCAGGAAGAAGGCUCACCCAGGAGUGGAGGAGGCUGUCAGGGCUCACAUGGCGUUCUGCAGGAUGUUCAGGUCCAACCCCGCCGUCCGGGUCGCCGACGGCAUGCGCCAGAUGCUCCGGAGGCGGUCCGGCGACAUGUCGAAGCCGGACACCUCCAAGAAGUACAGCACCGUGCAGGUCGUAGAUGAAUCAUCAGUAUCACUGUAUUGAAGAGUUCAUUCAUCUUAUAUGGCUUGUAGACUGUCUAGUCCUCUUCUCAGGAUUAGAUCUCCCCUUCCUUCAGUAAGUUGGUGUAUGUUCCUGUCAUGAGAAGAACUGGAAUGUACAUAAGAUUCCAUGAGAAUAGAUGCCAGUAGUGAUUGUAUGGAGUUACCCUUCUUUUUGGUCAGAAAUCAAUCAUGGGUUGAUAAGAUAUACAUUUGCAAAAUAGUUGGUCACUACCUUCUAGUUGCGACCUAACAAAGGCAGGCAAGAGGUUAGCAUGUGCAAGCUACAUUGUUCACACCUAAGGUCAUAUUGCUUGCUGUAUCUGACUUGACUUGUGAUGUAGAUGUAAUACCAUCAAGGAAUCACUGUAGCGGUAUUACCAGCUGGUGGUUGCAGUUGUUCCAUCAUACUAUACUCCUAGAUAUUGUACAUCAAAGUUGUAAUGUUGUGGUAUUUUUUCUUUUAGAUUGUUAAGCAUGGUCUAGUUAGGAACA